AUGCACAACCCUCACCAAAAGACAGGCGCUGAGCGUGACAUUCCCAAGACUAGUCCUCUCAAUAGACUUAAGAACGCUCCCAAAGAUCAGAUCCCUAUCAGCAAGGCUCCCAGACGUCAGAAAUCCUCUCGCUUCUAUGUCACUGAAAAAGUCCAAUUAGAAAGAACUCCCGGAUUUCACGAGGUUCCUCCUCAUAUGCGUCAGGAACUCUUUAUCCAAAAACUACGCCAGUGUCAAGUAGUGUUUGAUUUCAGCGAUGCGUCGGCUGAGCUUCGGGAAAAGGAAAUUAAGCGCCACACGCUCCAAGAAAUUCUUGAGCACAUCAACAUGACACGAGGUGUAUUGAAUGAGGCAGUCUACCCAGAGAUCGUAACCAUGUUUGUCAUUAAUCUCUUCCGUCCCAUCCCUCCCCAAGUCAAUCCAGUCGGAGAUGCUUUUGAUCCCGAAGAAGAUGAACCUGUAUUGGAACUUGCCUGGCCACAUCUUCAGAUCGUGUACGAGUUCUUCUUGAGGUUCCUAGAGUCUCCUGAAUUUAAUAUCAAUUACGCAAAGAAGCACAUUGAUCACAAAUUCAUUCACCAACUUUUGGAGUUGUUUGAUAGUGAAGAUCCUCGUGAACGUGAUUUCUUAAAGACAACCUUACAUCGAAUCUACGGCAAAUUCCUCAACCUCCGAGCUUUUAUUCGUCGGUCGAUAAACAACAUCUUUUUCCAGUUCAUUUAUGAAACCGAGCGCCACAACGGUAUUGCUGAGCUAUUGGAAAUCCUGGGUAGUAUUAUCAACGGAUUUGCGUUACCACUAAAGGAAGAGCACAAGAUGUUCCUCACAAAAGCGCUCAUCCCCCUCCAUAAGGUUAAAUCCUUGGUACUCUACCAUCCUCAACUUGCAUAUUGUGUUGUUCAGUUUUUGGAAAAAGAUCCUGCAUUGACUCAAGAGGUCAUUACUGGCUUGUUCCGUUACUGGCCAAAGGUCAACAGUCCCAAGGAGGUUAUGUUCCUUAAUGAGAUUGAGGAGAUAUUGGAUGUUAUUGACGCCUAUGAAUUCCAACGCAUUUCGGUACCCCUAUUCACAAAACUGGGUCAGUGUGUCUCCAGUUCCCAUUUCCAGGUGGCUGAACGUGCUCUGUAUUACUGGAAUAACGAUUAUGUGAUCAGCCUAAUGGCCGAGAAUAUCAAUGUGAUUAUGCCAAUUGUCUUCCCCGCUCUUUACAAGACAUCAAAAUCUCACUGGAAUAAGACAAUCCUUGGUUUGGUUUAUACUGCACUGAAACUAUGCAUGGAUAUCAACCCGGUCUUGUUUGAUGAGUGUGCUAACCAUUACAAACAGCAGCGCCAGUUGUAA